AUGAAUCUAAAAAAUUUGUCGUCGUCUGCUUUGAAUUCGAAAACGACGAGUUUAAAAAUACAAAUACCGGAAAAUUUAGACAUGGCGCUCGAAGGAUUGAUAAGAAAAGUAUUGAAAGAACAGCCUAAAACCGAUGAUAUUUAUAUAUUUGCCGCAAAUUAUUUUGAAAAUUUAUUACGACUACGCGAUAAGAAAACAGAUGAGAAAAUUUCAGACGACGACGAUGAUGACGAUUUGAUUAAAUUAGCUCGACAUUUUCCCAAAUCCGCAUCCGAUAGAUUUUCUGCAUCCCCAUCGAGGAGUCAAAUCCCGGAAAAAUAUAAAAUUUUAAGACAAGAACAAAUCGGGAAUAAAAAAAAUAAAACUGACGUUUACGAAUCCCCACCGUCGAAAAAAAUGGCGUUGACGGUUACGGAAAAGAAAAAAAUUUUAUCGCCGGGAAGGAAAACAACAUCGACGACCGUAUCACCAAGAAGAGCUUUGAAAUACGAGGGUAUGGUCCUUGGGGAUAUUGUGGAUUUAAGUCCUGCUAAAAGGAAAGCUUUAACAUUGGGAGAAGCAAUGAGUGGGAAUCGACUUUCUCCGGCGCAUAGGAAAAUCGUUGAAAAAAAUAAAAUUUCCCCGAGGAAAAUUAUCACUCGGGGUGGUAAAACGACUGUGAGUACCACCACCACCACCUCUACUACUACCACUUCUUCUUCUGAUGUUUUAACACUUGGAGAAGCUAUUAGAACAAAUAAACUUUCGCCACAACAUUUAAAUAUCGUUGAAAAAAAUAAAUCCCCACGAAGAUCACCGAAAAAAUUAAAAAUGACCAAUGAUGAUGAUGAUGACGGAAAACUAAGGGAGGAAAAUUCAUCGAAAUAUUUAACCCUUGCACAAGCGAUAAAAACGAAUAAAUUAUCACCUGAACAUAAAAAAAUUAUCGAAAAAAAUAAAUCCCCCCGUCACGAAGAGGACGAAGAACAAAAAAAAACAAGAAAAAAAAAAAAAACUUCGAUUCUAACUGAAAAUGAUGAAAAAAUUAAAAAAUCAAAAGUAGUAAGGGAGGAGGAGAGUAGUGGUGGUGGUGGUAGUAGUAGUAGUAGAAAUGUAGAAAAAUCACAUAGUAAAAAAUUAGGUAAAACAAUUAGUUCUGAACAAAAACAUAAAUUGAUUUCGAAAAAAGGUGAUGAUGAUGUUGUUGUUAAAAAAAAUUUAACGAGAGAUAAAUCUAAAAAGGAAGGUCAUGAAAAAAAAAAAAAUGUUCAGACAAAAGUUAAAAAUUUAGUUGGGAGUGUGCCGGUAGAAGAAGCGGAAAAGAUGAAAAAGGGUAAAAGACCGGACGAUGUGAACAAUUUGGAGGAAAAUGAUGAUGAAAACAUAAAAACAAACGAGAAUGAUAAGGAAAUGGAAAAAGAAGUCGCCGAAGAAAAAGAGGAAGGUGACGUAAGGCAAGACACAGAAGUAGAAGAAGGUCAAACUGGGGGAGAGAAUGUUGAGACUGAAAAAAUCAUAGAAGAAAAAGAAGAGAUAAUUAUUGUUGAAAAAGAAGAAGAAAUAAUUACGAUAAAAAGAGAAGAGAUAAUUGAAAGAAGAACAGAAGAAAUAACUACUGUGGAAGAAAUAAUUGAAAAGGAAGAGAGUUUUAUACAAAAAGGUAGAGAAAUGAAGACGGAAAAAGAAGAAGAAGAAGAAGAAACGGGAGAUGUAAAACAUGUUGAAAAAGAGAAAACUCAAACAGAAGCAGAAUUGAUAGAAAAGGAAGAAGAGGAAAAAGAAGAAAUGCGAGAUGUAAAAGAUGUUGAAAAAGAGGAAACUCAAACAAGAAUAGGAUUAUUAGAAAAAGAAGAAGAAGAAGAAAAGGGAGAAACUCAAAUAGAGGAAGAAAACAUUGAUAAGGAAAAAGAAGAAGAAGAAAAAGGAGAAAUGCGAGAUGUAAAAGAUGUUGAAAAAGAGGAAUCUCAAACAAGAAUAGGAUUAUUAGAAAAAGAAGAAGAAGAAGAAAAGGGAGAAACUCAAAUAGAGAAAGAAAAGGUUGAUCAGGAAGAAGAAGAAAAAGAGGAAACUCAUAUAGAAAAAGAAAAGAUUGAAAAGGAAGAGAUUGAAGUAAGAGAAAAGCACGAAACAUAUGAAAAAAUAGAACUGAUAGAAAAAGAGGAAAAAGUCAAGACGGAAGAAAAAGAAAUUGAAAAAGAAGUUGAAGAAAAAGAAACAAAAGUAAUAGAAAAACAGGAGGAAGAAAUUGAAAAAGAUGAAAUUCAAUUAAAAAAAGACGAAAAAGUCGAGAUGGAAGAAAAAGAAACAGAAAUAAUUGUAAAAGAAAAAAUGGACAAAAAAGACGAAGAAACAGAAAUAAUUGAAAAAGAAAAAAUGGACAAAGAAGACGAAGAAACAGAAAUUGAUAAAACUGAAGUAAAACAAAAACGAGAAAUAGAAGAAGAAACCAAUAAAGAAGAAACGGAAACGAAAAAAGAAAAAGAAAAGGUUAAAACAGACGAAACAGAACCAGACCUAAUUGAAAAAGAAAAAAUGGACGAAGAAGAGGAAGAAACAGAAAUCGAUAAAACUGGAGUAAAACAAAAACGAGAAAUAGAAGAAGAAACGGAAACGAAAGAAGAAAAAGAAAAGGUCAAAGAUGAAACAGAAGCAGAAAUAAUUGAAGACACUAAAGAGGAAACAAUCAACGACGAUACGUUAAAUUCCGACGAUGAAGAAAAUAUUUACGAUGAAGAUAGUUUUGAAGAUACCGUGGAAAAAGAAGAACCUAUUGACGAAGAUGGCAAACAUACUGAAGAUGAACUAGAAAUCGUUGAUGAAAAAGAUGCCGACAAAAAUAGUAAAAAAGACGUUGAGAAGGAUACUGAUAUCACAGUUCCAGCUGAAAUCGACAGGGGUGCUGUCGACAGUUCUAUAUUAACAAAAGAAGAAAAUGAUGAAAAUGACAAAACGGAAAAAUUAACUGAUAGUCAAACCCUUGAAGAAGAAAAAAUGACGAAAGAUGACGUCACAGAAAACGAUGAAAGUCUUUCAUUAAAAACUGAAGAAGUAGAAACGGAAAACAAUGAAGACGUUUCGAUAACAACAAAAGAUGAAAUAAGUAACGCGGAAACUAUUGAAGAAAGUAAAAAACAUGAAGAAAAACAAUCCAACGAAGAUAGUAGUAUCGAGAUACAAGAUGGUGAUAAGGCUACGGUAAAAGAAAUCCCAAGCGAACAAGACAACGCACAAGAAAAAAAAGAAUCCGAGGAUACGAGAACAAAAACGAACAACAUGAAUACCUACAGACCACAGUUACCAUUUCCAAGAAAAGGAAAAGUUAGAAAAACUUUCGAAGAAGCAAGAAAUGCUGCUAAUAAACUCGACAGUAAACAUUCUAGAAAAGUUGUUGAUUACAAAGAUAUAUCCCCGAGAGUAAAAACCAGGCGCGAACCACAAAGCGAUCCAUUAAAAAAAAAAGAAACUUUGUCGAAACGUUCGGAUGUUGAUGUGGAUAAAUUAGUGACAAAGGAAAUAAGAAAACCGAUAUCGCAUAGAAAAGAAACACCGGGAGUGAUAAAAAGAUCAGACGGAAGAAGUAAAAGGUUGGAAAGACAGGCUAGAGUAGAGGAAAAAUCACCGGAAAGGAUAACAAACGUUAGAGAUAAAUCUAAGUUGGAGGGUAUUAGAAAGAGAGAAAAAUCAACGAGUGAUGAAAAACAAUCAGGAGUCAUUAAAAGACCGGAAACGAAAAGAAACAAAGUGGGAUCUUUGUCGAAAGGAGGAGCGGUUGUCGCAAAGACGAUUGUUAGUGGUGCCGAAAAAGCUAAGAUCCUACAAAGGCCAGUGAAACAAUAUUUGUCUGAAAUAUCUGAUACUAAAAUCAAAAGUAAAAAACGUAAAGAAGGAACUACAUUGAAAUCUAAAGAAGAAAGAAAAGGUGAAGAAGAGAAAAUUUCCGGCGAGGAAGCAGAAGAAAAGAAGACAGAAAAAGAAAUCGUAGCAAAAGAAGCGACGGUUACUGAAAAGGUCACUGAUGGUGCUCACGUGGAGGAAAUCAAAGAUGAAAAAUUAGAUUUAAUUGAAAGCGACGAAACGAAAACGGAAACGGAAUCAAAAGAGUCUGAGACUGAAAGAGAAACUGAACGAACGGAAACCGAAUCCAAUAAGGAAACUGAUUUUACAGAAGAUGAAUCUCUUGGUAAAACGGAGGAAAAGAAAGUUGAACCCGACGGUAAGAUUGACGAUGUCGAUGUAAUUGAAAUUAAAGAUACGAAAACAGAAAAAGAUUCUAAAGAAGAUGAGACGGUACAGGAAACAAAACCUACUGAAGAUGAAUCGGAUAAAGCAAAAGGAGACAAAACAAUUUCCAAAAAAGUUAAAGAUGACGAUGUUGAUGUUAUUGAAAUUAAAGAGGGAAAACAAGAUGACAAAUUAGGUACAACUGAAGGUGAUGAGGCUAAAACCGAAACAGAACCAAAGGAAGCUGUAACUGAUGAAGACAUCAAACCCAAGAAAACUGAAACGGAACACGAAGAACCCGAACCUGAAGAUGAAAUUAAAGCACAAGAUGUCACCACUACCGAAGCAAUACCUGAAAAAGCAACAGAUGAGGUUGAUGUCGUAGAAGUUAAAGAGGAAAAACAAGACGAAAAUGUAGAUUUCAUCGAGAUUAAGGAUUCAAAAACUAAAACGGAACCUAUGGAAGAUGAUACUGAGAGAGGAACCGAAAUUCAGGGCACUGAACCUGAUAAGGAAAUGGAGACUACGGUGGAUGAACCCGAUAAGUUAACAAAACUCACUGACGAUGAAAUUGAUGAAAAAACGGAAGAAAAGGAUGUUGAACCUGAGGAUAAAGCAAAAGAAGAUACUGUUGAUAAAGAUAUUUCAGAAAAGACCAUUGAAGAUGUCGAUGUAAUUGAAGUUAAAGAAGAAGAAAAACACGAUGAGGAGGUAGAUUUUAUUGAAAUUAAAGAUAAGAAAACCGAAACAGAAUUCAAGGAACCUGAUAAAGAAAGUGAACCUGAUAAAAGGGUGGAACCUAUUGUGGAUGAACCCGACAAGGAGGUGGAAUCAAAAGAAACUGUGACUGAAGAUGAAAUUAAAGCGAAAGAAUCGACUCCUAGUGAGGGAGUUCCAGACAAAGUAACUGAUGAUGGUGAUGUCAUAGAAGUAAAGGAAACGCUACCUGAUAAGGAGGCGGAGCCCACGGAGGAUGAUCCCGAUAAAAUAACAAAAUCUACUGACGAUGAACCUGAUGAAGAAUCAGAAUUAAAAGAACCUGAACCUGAUAAAGAAUCAGAACUGAAAGAACCUGAAUCUGAUAAGGAGGCGGAGAAAGAAAAAGUUGAAUCUGAUAAUAAAGACAAGGAAAAAGAAGAAAUUUCAGAAAAGGCCAUUGAAGAUGUUGAUGUAAUUGAAGUUAAAGAAGAAGAAAAACCUGAUGAAAAGGUAGAUUUAAUUGAAAUUAAAGAUAAGAAAACCGAAACAGAAUCCAAGGAACUUGAAACUGAUGAAGAAACUAGACUUGUUGAAAUUCUUCCUGAUGAAAAAUCAAAAGAUACGGAAGAUGAACCCGAAAAGAAGGAGGAACAUGCUGAGGAUGAACCUGAAAAGGAUGAUACGGAGUUAAAAGAAUCCAAAACCGGAGAUGAAACUGAAGCAAAAGAUAUUAUCCCUAAGGAAGAAGUUGUAGAAAAAAUAAUUGAAAAAGUAGACGUGAUUGAAGUUAAAGAGGAAAAGGAUGAAGAAAAUGUAGAUUUUAUUGAAAUCAAAAAGACGAAAGGUGAAGAACCUGAGGAAGCUGAAGCUGAAAAGGAAACGGAAAUUGAAAACAUUGAACCCGAGACGGAGCCUACAAAGGAUGAAACCGAUAAGGAAUCGGAAAUCAAAGAACCCGAACCUGAGAAUAAAAUUACUGCAAAGGAAGUUACCACUGAAGAAGCUAUUCCUGAAAAAGUAAUUGAUGAUGUUGAUGUAAUAAAAGUUGAAGAAGAAAAACAACCUGAUAGAGAAGCGGAGCCCAUUGAGGAAAAAUCUGAUAAAGAAUCAGAACUAAUGGUAACUGAACCUGAUGAGGAAGCGAAGAAAAAAGAAGUUGAACCCGACGAUGAAAUCAAAGAAAAAGAAGAAACUUUGGAAAGAAUAACUGAAAAUGCUGAUGUGAUUGAAAUCAAAGAUAAAAAGUUUGAAAAGGACGUUAAAGAAGCUGAACCAUUAACAGUAACAGUACAUACUGAAAGCAAAUCCGAUAAGGAUUUGGAACCCACAGAACCUACAGAAGGAACAAAUCAGGAAGAAGCUAAACCCGAUGAUGAAAGUACAGAAAAAGAAAAUCUUAUGGACGAAGCAAUUCCUGAAAAAGUUCUUGACGAUAUUGAUGUGAUUGAAGUCAAAGAAGGAAAACAAGACAAAGACGCGGAUUUGAUUGAAAUUAAAGAAGCAAUAACUAAAAUGGAACCAACGGAAAUCGAACCUGAUAAGGAAAUAAAACCCAUCGAUGAUGAGUCUGAAGAGAAAACUAAAACCAAUGAACUCGUACCUGAGGAUGAAAUUAAAGCAAAAGAAGUGACCCUUGAUGAAGUAAUACCAGAAAAACCCAUCGAUGAUGUUGAUGUAAUUGAAAUCAAAGACACAAAAACUGAAGCUAAACCUGAGGAUAAAAAAGCUGUACCAACGGAAACUGAACCUACAGAGGAUAAAGAUGAUAAUGUAGCGGAACAAAUGGACAACAAACCCGACGUAACUUCGGAAAAAAUAACCGAAGAAGUAGAUGUGAUUGAAACCAAGGAUACAAAGACUGAAAAGGAUCCUGAGAAAGUUGAAACGGUAAAAGAAUUAGAACUUACUGAAGACAAAUCUGAUAGUAAAACGGAACCCACGGAGGAUGAGCUCCAUGGGGAAAAGGAAUUCAAAGAACCUGAAGAUGAAGAACCUAAAGUUGAAGAAGCUAUUAUUGAUAAAUCAAUAUCAGAGAAAGUAUUUGAUGAUGUAGAUGUAAUAGUAGUUGAAGAAGAAAAACCAGACGAAAACGUUGAUUUGAUAGAAAUCAAAGAGAAAGAACCUGAAGAAGUUGCAACUGAGAAGGAAACUAAACUUGAGGAAUCAGAACCCGCGGAAAUUGAACCUGAUGAGGAAACGGUACACAAAGACGCUGAGCCGGAAGAGAAAACGGAACUCGAAGAACCCGAAACUGAAGGUGGUGAAAUUAAAGCACAAGAAGAUACUCCCGAUGAAGAAAUUUCAAAGAAGGCAACGGAAGAUGUAGACGUGAUAGAAGUUAAAGAAGAAAAACCGGAUGAAAAUGUUGAUUUCAUUGAAAUAAAAGAGAAAGAACCUAAAGAAGCUGUAACUGAAGAGGAAUCCAAAGAAGCUGCAACUGAAGAGGAAACUGAAUCCAAAGAAACUGUACUAACGGAAACUGAGGUUGAUAAGGAAACAGAUACAAAACCCACAGAAGAUGAAUUUAAUAAAGAAACAGAAUUGAAAGGAACUGAACUUGAAAAUGAGACUAAAGAAAAAGAAUUGGCACACCAUGAAGAGAUUUCAGAGGAAAAGGUACUAGAAGAUGUAGACGUAAUAGAAGUUAAGGAAGAAAAACCAGACGAAAACGUAGAUUUGAUAGAAAUCAAAGAAAAAGAACCUAAAGAAGCUGUAACUGAAGACGAAACUGAAAUAAAGGAUAAAACGGAUCUCAAAGAACCCAAACCUGAAGAUGAAAUUUUAGCAAAAGAAGUCACCCUAAAUGAAGGAAUUCCAGAAAAAAUACCUGAAGAAGGUGAUAAAGAAGAAAAACACGAUGACGAAAAAGAUUUAAUUGAAAUUGAAGAUAGUAAAAUUGAAGCAGAAUCUAAAGAACCUGAAGAUGACAAAGAAAGUGAACCUGAUAAAAAGGAGGAACCUCUUGUGGGUGAACCCAAACCUGAUUUUUACGAAAAAGCAGAAACUAUGAAUGAUGAACUCGAUAAGUUAAAAACACCUACUGAUGAUGAACCCGAUAAAAAAACGGAAGAAAAGGAACUUGAACCUGAGAAUAAAGCAAAAGAAGAUAUUGUUGAUAAAGAUCUUUCAGAAAAAAUAAUUGAUGAUGUCGACGUAAUUGAAGUUAAAGAAGAAGAAAAACACGAUGAGGAGGUAGAUUUUAUUGAAAUUAAAGAUAAGAAAACCGAAACAGAAUCCAAGGAACCUGAAACUGAUAAAGAAAGUGAACCUGAUAAAGGGGAGGAACCUGUUGCGGAUGAACCCGAUAAGGAGGUGGAACGUGCUGAGGAUGAACCUGAUGAGAAAACAAAACUGAAAGAAUCGAUGACUGAAGGUGAAAUUUUAGCAAAAGAAUCGACUCCUAUUGAAGGUGUUCCAGACAAAGUAAUUGAUGAAGUUGAUGACAUAGAAGUAAAGGAAACGCUACCUGAUAAGAAGGCGGAUCCUAUGGAGGAUGAACCUGAUAAAGAGGCGGAAAAAGAAGGAGCUGAAUCUGAUAAUAAAGACGAGGAAAAAGAAGAAAUGUCAGAAAAGACCAUUGAAGAUGUCGAUGUAAUUGAAGUUAAAGAAGAAGAAAAACACGAUGACGAGGUAGAUUUAAUUGAAAUUAAAGAUAAGAAAACCGACACAGAAUCCAAGGAACCAGAAACUGAUAAAGAAAGUGAACCUGAUAAAAGGGUGGAACCUGUCGAUGAACCUGACAAGGAGGUGGUUUCAAAAGAAACUGUGACUGAAGAUGAAAUUUUAGCAAAAGAAUCUAUUCCUAAUGAAGGCGCUCCAGAUGAUGUUGAUGUUAUAGAAGUAAAAGAUACGCUACCUGAUAAGAAGGCGGAGCCUACAGAGGAUGAACCUGAUAAAGAAUUAGAACUAAAAGAUUCUGAACCUGAUAAGAUAACAAAACCUACUGAUGAUGAACCUGAUAAGGAGGCGGAGCCAGAAGAAGUUGAAACUGAUAAUAAAGAUAAGGAAAAAGAAGUUACCCUCAAAGAAGAAAUUUCAGAAAAGACCAUUAAAGAUGUCGAUGUAAUUGAAGUUAAAGAAGACGAAAAACCUGAUGAAGAAGUAGAUUUCAUUGAAAUUAAGGAUAAGAAAACCGAAACAGAAUCGAUAGAACCUGAAACUGAUGAAAAAACUAAACUUGUUGAAACUCUUCCUGAUGAAAAAACAGAACCUACUAAGGAUGAACCUGAUAAGGAAUCGGACCUAAAAGAACCUGAACCUGACGAAGGGACAAAUUUGAAAGAAUCGAUGACUGUAGAUGAAAUUAAAGCAAAAGAAUCGACUCCUAUUGAAGGCGUUCCAGACAAAAUAAUUGAUAAAGUUGAUGUCAUAGAAGUAAAAGAAACUCCUGAUAAGGAGGUGGAGCCUUCGGAGAAUGAACCCAAUAAAAUAAUAAAACCUACUGACGAUGAACCUGAAAAAGAAUCAGAAUUGAAAGAGCCUGAACCUGAUAAGAUAACAAAACCUACUGACGAUGAACCUGAUAAAGAAUCAGAACUGAAAGAACCUGAACCUGAUAAGGAGGCGGAGCAAAAGGAAAUUAAAUCCGAUAAGGAUGAAAUGAAAGCAGAAGAAGGUGGUAUACUUAAAUCAGCAAUACCUUUAAAAAUAAUCGACGAUAUUGAUGUUAUUGAAAUUAAAGACACAGAAACCAAAACGGAAGUCACAGAAGGUGAGCCUGGUGAUGAAACACACAAACAUAAAAAACCUAUUGAAAUAACACCUGAUGAGGAAAAACAACCUAAAGAAAACGAUUCUGUAAAAGAAAAGGAAGCUAAAACACCUGAAGAAGAAGAAGAAGAAGAAAAUAUUCUUAAAGAAAAAACUUCUGAAGAAAAAAUUGACGACGCGGAUGUAUUAGAAGUUAAAAGGGAAAAACGUGAUGUUGAUGUGAUUGAAAUUAAGGAUUCCGAGAACGACGGAGAGACUGCAAAUCUUGAACAUCAAAAUGAUGAAAAAACAGAAACUAAAAAUUCUGAACCUGACGACACAGUAGUUACCGACGCGUUACAGAAGGAAACUGAUAACCUUGACAAAGUCGAAAGUAAACCAGAGGAAAAAUUACAGGUGGACCCAAUAAAUCCUGAUGAUAUCGCAGGUGAUGACGAAAGUAAAGCCGAUGUAGCAGGUAUCGAACCUAAUGAUAAAGAAGAUUUUAUUGACCUUGAAAAACCUCAAAAAACGAUCCCUGAUGUGGAUCUCACCGGAAUGAAAAUUUUAAAAUCGGAAACAAAAGAACCGGAGAACUUAAAGAAGAAUCUUGCAACUGAAACAGUACAAGAAAGUAAAAAAGAACCCACGAAAGAGAAUAAAGAAAUAAAGGGUGAUAAAGAGGAAAAAGAUGCCGAAGAAAUAAUUAAAGACGAUGAAGAAGCUAAACAAGAAAAGUUACCAAAAGAAUCCAACGACAAUGCAGACGAUGACGAAGAACUCGAAAACGUGGAAGAAAUCGAAGAAACGAGUUUAACAUUGGAAAUAAUAGAAAAAUCAGAAGAAAUGGAAAGAACGGGAAGUAAAAUAAAAGAUGCGAAUGAAGUUACGGAAGUUAUAGAAAGCGCAGUCGAGGAAAUAAUUACCACUAAAACGGAAGUCGAAGUCACGGGAUCAUCGACUUAUACCAUCGAAACCAUAGAGGAAACAGUUACCGAAAUAACUAAAACGAUUGAAAUUCACGGAUCGAACGAUAUCGAUCCACACGUUGAAAAAACUCAUUUAACAAAUGAAACGUCAAAACCGGAAAUUGUAGGAAAAGAUUCCGUCAAACGUGAUAAAACGGAAGUUAUCGAAACGUGUAAAAAAUUUAUCGAAAACGAAUCGAUGAUUGAGUUAAGCGAUCGUAAAAUUCAACCGACAUCAGCAAUAAUGUCGAUCAUCGGUAACAUAAAACCUGAAAACAUACCUUUUCACAUAAAUGAAAAAAUACUGGAAGAAUCGCAGUCGAAAAAGACGGAAAAAACAAAGAAUGAAAAAACGGAAGUGAUAGAAAACGAUGUUAAAAAAGAAAAAAUCGUUCUGACGGAAAACGUUGAGAAAAUAAUCGAUCCUGUACAGACGCAACCUCCUAAACAAGUUUCUGAAGAAGUCAUCGAGAAAGACGUGGCACUAAACGUAGGGAGUGAAAUUGACGGAGAAGGUAAAGAUUCGAUGGACGAAGAAGUUAAAACUGAAAAUGAAGUCGAUGAUAUAACGGAAGAAGAAAAAAUUGAAUUUAAUAACGGGACCGAAAGUGAAGAUGAACGAGAAUUGGAAAGACUCAAGGCGUCGUUGAACGAUGAUGAUGAUGAUGUUAAAUCGGAUACACAAAACGAAAGAACUAAAAGAAAAGCAGAAGAAAUUAAAGAAGGUGAAGUGAUAUCCGAAGAUAUUGAUAAGAAAAUUGUUUCGGAAAAUGAAAGUCCGGUUGAUAAAGACACCAAAGAUGUAAAAGCCGAUGUUAUUGUCGAUGAUGACAAAGAAGAUCCCAAAGGAAAAGUUGGUGAAGAUAUAGAAGACAUAGAAUUAAAAUUACCAAACAUUCCUGAAGAAUCACCUUCGGAUUUAUUAACUGAUGAAGACACGGAGGAAAAUCCAGACGAGGUAAAAGAAAAACCGAAAGACGACAGCGACGUAGUUGAUAAACUUCCAGUCAUAGAAGAAGAAUGUUGUGCUGUUGUCGACAAAUUUAGCAUACCGAACGUUCACGAAAACGUGGACGGCAAUAAAAUUAUAAAUAUCGAAGUAAUCGAACCGGAUGAAAAUAGGGUACCCGUAGAAGAAGAAGAAUUAUGCGCUGUCGUCGAUAAAUUCAGCAUUGUUAAAGAAGGCGUGUCAGAAGACAACGACAAAGACAACGACGAGGACAAUUCAUUUGACAGUGAAAAAAAAAUAAAAAGAAUAGCAACGCAUUAUUACGAUUCGUUAGAAGUACCGGAAAUAGUUACGAAAACGUACAAAAUAUUACACAUGACCGAAGAACCAUCUUCGUUGGAUCCUGAUUCCGAAAGUGAAACGAUGAUCAAAGCUUAUCAAAUUCAAAAAGAAACAUCCGAUCAAGAUUCUUGGAUGAUAGUUCGAGAAAUUGUCUCCCCAUCGGACGACGCAGACGACAAAAUGAUAAACGACGAAGUAACGGAAAUAGAUGAUCUUAUGGUAUCGAACACGAGUUAUUUCUUACCAUUGUUAAACGUGAGUUUACUCACCAUGAACGAAAUGUUUCUGAACAACGAAAGACUGUUCAGCUCUUUGGAAAUCGAUGAUACGACCAAAUCAUCAUCAAUUUCCAUCGAAAAAAACGUUAAAAAAUUAGAAGUGGAAGAAGAAACACCGAAAAAAGAAUUAGUUAGAGCCGUUCGAGCCGUACCUAUUCCACCGCGAGACGAAGAGGAAGUAGAUGUCGUACCGGAAGAAGAAGAUUUAGAUAAAGAAAAAAACUUACCAAAAUCUGAUAACGUAAAUUCGGAGUCUACCACCAAUGAAACAAGUUCUCAAACUUUGGGUAGCGAUGUUGGUUUUCAAUCCGUUGAAAUCGUAACAGUUAUAGAAUCUCAUCCGUUAAACGCCGAAGAAGACGAUGAUGAUGAUGAUGGCGGUGUCGUUAUUCGACCUUCCGCACCGGAUGCAUCCGUUUUAGGUAUUACAUCUGAAAAAAAAGAAGAGGAAAUGUCGGAUUCGAUAGUACAAAACGAUUCGCAAAAUAAAAAAAAACUCAUAAGAACUGAUACGGUAACACUAAGUUCGAUACGUGAAACCGAAUCCACGGAAUCAAACCUCAAACCGGAAGAAGAAGAAAAUGGAGAAAAACCGGAAACAAAACGAUUGACGAAAAGUUUAACCGACGCCACUCCAUCUCAUGUUGAUAAUGAUGAUUAUAUUGUUUAUAAAUCCUCCGACGGUUCAAAUUUGAAAAAUUCAACGGACGGUGAAGUUUGGAACGUUCUCGAAAAAGAAUUGCAUAUGGCGGCAAGUAAAAUUCAAUCGACUUUUAGGCGGCAUAGACUUCAACGUGAUGACGCAAUACAAAUAUCAACGGACCAAUCAAAAGAAAGCGCGAAUCGAGUGGAUUCAGGUUAUUUAAAACAUGUCAAAGCCGUUUUAGAACGUUUGGGAUAUUCGAGAGUGGGCAACGAUACGAAUUUCGAUCUGUUAUGGUCACAUUUAUAUCCAUUCGGUGAUUUGGCGCCAUUUUCGAAGAAUUUCCUACAGAACCUCAAACCUCAUCAAAAGGUAAAUCAUUUUCCGGGAUCUGGAUUUUUUACAAAUAAAGUGGAUUUAUCCGUGACACCGGGUUUGAAACACGUACCCAAAGCAUUUCAAUUACCAACGGAAAAACAGGAAUUAUUAAAUUACGUUAAAAAUAAUCCGGAUAAGAUUUUCGUACAGAAAAGUAAUUCACACAGAGGUAUUAAAAUCGUGGAUUUCGAAAACGUUGAUUUGAAUUCGGGUGGAACGUUCGUUCAGGAAUUCGUACAAAAUCCGUUACUGAUCGACGGUUAUAAAUUCGAUAUUGGAAUUUAUACUGUUUUAACAUCCGUGGAUCCGUUAAGAGUUUACAUAUACGACGGUGACGUUCUUCUCAGAUUCUGUUCGAAAUUAUACGAACCGUUCGAUGAAAAAGAUGUCGAUAAAUAUGUGGUAGGAGAUGAUUACAUACCAAUAUGGAAAAUGCCAUCUUUGAAAAAAUCCUACAACGAAAGAAAAUUCGGAAUGAAAGAAACUCUUAACGCGUACAUAAAAAAAAUAGGUAAAAAUCCAUCCAAGGUAUGGAAUCAAAUAGAAAAUUCUAUAGCGUCGGUUUUUUUAGAAAAAGAAGAAAAAAUAUUAAGAAUAACUAAAAGAUUUAAAAAUGAUGGAAAUUUUUUCGAAAUGUCACGUUUCGAUUUCAUAUUGGAUUCGGAUUUAAAUGUUUACCUUAUGGAAGCAAACAUGUCGCCGAAUUUAUCGUCUGAUCAUUUUCCUCCGAACAAACAAUUGUACGAAAAUGUUUUAUACGGUUUAUUUUCACUCGUUGGUAUCGGAAAACGUACGGAAUAUUUAACACCAAGAACGAACGAAGAAGAACACAUGGAAGUACCUGAAAAGAGUUUGAUGGUAUUUCGAGAUGAAUGUACCAACAGCCUAGAGUGCGACACGUGCGGUCCCUCACAUUGCACCCUAUGCAAACACUGUUUAACCGACAGAAAUAUAAAAAUAUUAAAAAGCGCAUAUUUGGAACAUACGAACAAAAUCGAUUACAAAAGAAUAUUUCCACCGAAAAUAAAUUCUCAAGGAUUAAAAAUUGAUAAUUUAAAUAUGGAAAAAUAUACACCGGAAAAUAGAUUUAUGUAUCUUUGGUUUAUUGGAAAAUGCAAACUUGAUAAAUCGUGGUGUUGA